AUGCGGGAUAUGUUUGCCUCGUUGCUUGCUGCACAACAGCAAGAAUUUAAUAAAAUAAAUAAGAGGUUGAAGCAAAUUCAAGAAACUAGUACCAAAAUUGAAACGUCUGUAGAACAUUUGCACAAAGAGAACGCAGAAUUAAAAAAAGAAAUUGAGAACUUGAAACAACAAAAAAAAGAAGACACCAAAUACAUAUCCUCGAAGAUAAAAUUGAGAUCUUACAAAAAGGGUUUAGAAAAGCAAAAUUCGAGAUUAAAAAUGUUCCUAAAAUAG